AUGAUUGUGCACUCCACCAUGACACGUACUUUCCAGCAGACACCGAUCGUGCGAGGUCGCGGCCUCAUUUCCAACGUAAUAGAAAAUCUCCCUUUCGAAGCCCACAUCCCAGGUUACAAUUUCUGUGGCCCGUCAACCAAACUGCAAAAACGUCUUCAACGAGGAGAUGUUGGUAUAAAUCCACUUGACGAAUUUUGCAAACAACACGACAUUUUCUAUUCUCAGCAGAAAGAUCUCACUGCGCGUCAACAAGCGGACAAACUUUUGGCUGAUCAAGCUAUACAGCGAGCCUUCGCAUCCGACAGCUCUUUUGGAGAACGAAUGGCAGCUUUGGGAGUUGCUGGAGCAAUGAAAGCUAAAAAAAAGAUGGGUUUUGGCCUGCGAAAACAUCGUACACAACAAAGAAAGAAACGUUUGAACAAGAUGGGAAAGGGUUUGCGAAAAAAAUCACCAAAAUCGCAAAGUUCCAAGCGACGUUUGCGGAUUCUGCCUCUACCGAAAACAGGUGGCUUUCUACCUUUACUUCUACCUAUACUCGGGGCUCUUGGAGCUCUUGGAGGUGGUGCUGCCUCCAUUGCAAAAGCUGUCAAUGAUGCUAAAGCCAAUCAGUCACAACUUGCGGAACAGAAGCGUCAUAACUUGGCUUUAGAAGCCUCUCGCAAGGUUUCUCCCACGGGAAAGGGUUUUUUUUUAGCACCGUACAAAAAAAACUGCUAA